AUGAUUACGGCUGCUUCUCAACGCUUGAUGACUCGCCGCUUGACGACGGCGCAUCGUCGUGUCUUUUUGACCAAGGCCAGUAGCCCCAAACAACAAAAGUCCAAGCACGCUCACGGAGCCGUUCGGUGCUAUCAGUCCACUCUGAAGGAAGCCUACUUCAUGGCCAACACGGCCGCACUCCCCAUUGAAGUCCAGGUCCAGUCCGCACGUCAAUCAUGGUGGCAACAGUUCAAGUCCUGGUACAGCGACAAGUUGGUCACUCAUCCCCUCAUGACGAAAGGAUUGACGGGAGCUAUCAUUGCCGCGACCGGAGACGUGCUGUGUCAAGCGGGAACCUUUACGCCCACCGAUGGAAAGAAGACGUCGUUUUGGUUACACGGAUGGGACGUGCGCCGCAGUUUUCAUUUCUUUGUGCUGGGAUUGACGUUUGUGGCACCCACGUCGCAUUACUGGUACGGCGGCAUGGCGGUGCAUCCUUGGACGCGCGGACAAUCCUUUUAUCAAAUCUCCAAGCGAGUGGCGUUGGAUCAGUUCGUUUGGACACCCGUCUUUUUUGUCAUUUGGUUGUCCGGGUUCUGGACCAUGGAAGCCAAUGGGCAUGUGACGGGAAAUCAAAUCCAAAAUCAAUUGACUACACAUUUGCCCGAUGUCAUGAUGGCCAACUGGCUGCUCUGGAUUCCCGCCCAAUACCUCAACUUUUAUGCUUGUCCCGUCAAGUUCCAAGUCCUAUUCACCAACGUGGUCGAAUUGGCAUGGAAUGCUUACUUGAGCUUUGCCACGAGCGGUGAAGGUGGACAUGGAGGAGGGAAAAAGAAGGAACAACCCGCUCCAGAAGUCCAAUAA